UCUCCCACCGGGAGCAUAAACUAUACUGAAAGUCUAUAAUUUACGUAACGUAAACUAUAGAGUUUCAGUACAGUUUAUGCUCCCGAUGGGAGAAAACGAACGCAAACACUGAGCGCUCACCAACAGUUGUGUUUGCUGAACGCGGCCAUUGUGUUUGGGGCCUCUUUCAACGCCGGCGUGGCCGCUCUCAACUUUCCCUAUUAUAUGUCUGUGGUGAGAACUGCGUGGCACUGCCACCAACAUGACACAAAUAGUUGAACCAAGUUGAACGAUUGUAGACGUCAAGUGUCAAAAUUUUCAUAUAAUUCGCAUAAAAGGAACAUUUAAUAAGGUUUAUCAAUGGCGGCGAUCGAUAAAGUUAAAAUUGUCGUGGUAGGCGAUUCAGGCGUCGGUAAAACGUCGCUGACACACUUGAUAUGCCAACAGCAACCUAUCGGCAAUCCCUCCUGGACGAUAGGUUGCUCGGUGGAGGUCAAGCUGCACGAGUACAAGGAAGGCACGCCGAAUCAGAGGAGAUACUUCGUCGAGCUGUGGGACGUCGGUGGCAGCCAAAGUCACCAAAACACAAGAUCCGUGUUUUACAAUCCCACAAACGGCAUAAUAUUAGUCCACGACUUAACGAAUCGUAAAUCACAGCAGAAUCUGCAGAAAUGGCUGGAGGAGGUUUUGAGUAAAGAAGGAACUUCUUCAAAGUCCAGGUCGUUCGAAGACUUUGAUCCUGAGAAGUUCGUGGGCUCGACGCAGAUUCCAAUUUUGGUCAUUGGCACGAAGCUCGAUCUCAUCUCGGAGUCCAAUUCUGUAAAAUCCAACAUACACAGACGUUCCGCGACCAUCGCGGAGGAAUGUGGUGCCGAUGAGAUAUUCCUGGAUUGCCGUCAGACGAGAUCCUUGGCGGCGGGCUCCAGUUCGUCCGUGAAGCUCAGCAGAUUCUUCGACAAGGUCAUCGAGAGACGCUACUAUUCCUCCAGGGAAGCGCUCAGCCCCGACAAGCGGAGGCUGCCGGUGUACACUUCCUCGCUCUAUCCAAAGUUUUAUCACAACGACUGAGUACGCCGGGAGCGCUGUACCAGGUCUCGAGGAUCUUAUUUCGCUUUACGCGGGACGACGAGUCUUGUAACACCAAGUGUUAUAGGUUUGCGCGGAUUAAUGCUGCAGUUUUGCUUUAAGGAAAAGAUCAUAGACUCCUAAGAACUAACUCGCGAGUAAACUGCAAUUCUGUACGUAUCAAUUUGCAAUUUCUCGUAAGUUCGUUCUUACGAAAACAAGUUACGCGAGUCUUACGAUCUUGUUUAACUUGCGGCAUAAAGAGUGCAAGGCUACUGCAUUUCUUAUCUACAUUCCUAAUCUUCCUGUGGAAGCGUCAGGUCAUAUAUGCUCUAAAAGAAGAGAGAGAGAGAGAGAGACAACUGUAAAUACAUAGUUGCUUUCCUUUUACAUGAAAACUCAGAUAAAUCUGACUUGUGCCGUCAUAACUCAGUUGAAUGCAUGUUCCUUUUGAUUCUUGAGAAGUGAGAUUCAACCAGAUUUAAGGAUGUAUGUUACUUAAGUUAAAAUAGAGGGAAAAAGCUGAAAUUUUUACAGAAGUUGUGCAUUUAUAUACCAUGAAAACCUGUGAUAAAUUUUGGAUCAAUUGACUGAUUCGUUUUCAAGUUAUUAAUUUUUUAAAAUCUUAUGUGCGUUCCAGACAACACGCUGUCCAAAAUAGAAAUAUAGGGUACCUUUUAUAAGACGUCUUAUGAUGUUACGUGUACAAGAUGUCUUAAGAUAUCUGUAAAAUGUCUUAUAUUCCGAUUUUAAACGACAUAUUGUUUGGAGAUUGACAGGUUAUGAAACAUUUUUCUGUCUGUAUGCAGAUUAUAUAUGUCAGAUUUUUGUUUUUAGCAGUUGGAUUCAUGGCAAAUUCCCAGCCAAAAGUUUUUAACCGCUAUUAAGAAUAUUUAUAAAUACGCUGUCAAUAAUUAUAAAAAGAGGUUGAAGUUAUUUAAAUCAGUAAAAUUAACAUCUUUGUUAUAAUAUUCAAUAAUAGCCAGCCGUUAAAGUAUGCAUACAACCGAUAUAUAUUGAAUUUUUAAGAUUACUGUAUUUUUUGCUGGGAAGGUAUACGUAAUACAUCCUUAACUGAGUUUUUGCACACGAUCAAGGCCGUGUGCUUUAGUGAGUUUAAUAGACUCACAUUAAUGACGUCAUAUCUGAGUAUAAAAUACUCACAUAACUGAGUGACUCAGUAUCACUUAAGUGUAAAAGGAAAGCAGCUAGUAUGGAUAAAAAUAUAUUAAGCCUCGUGUUCCAAGAACUGUGUCCAAGUUCUAUGAAGUCAAUCAACUUGCAUCUUCAACGGAAAAGCCGCAAGUUGAUGGGCUACACAUUUCUCGGAGCUGGAACUUGGACGCAAGGUUCAGGCACUCGAUAUUGUUCACGCGUCUACAUUGUAAAGACGCCGCAUUGUACAUACAAUACUUAUUUUAUAAUAUAACGUUAUGUAUAAUCCGCUCGAUAUCUUGUUAUUGUAUUAACAAAAAUUCAUGUAACUCGUUACGCGAAUGAAAUACAAAUCUUUGUUAAGUCGAUAA